AUGGCGUACCACCUGGGGUCCACUUUCCCCAAUUUCACGGCCACCGCGUCCAACGUGGAGGGCCCCUUCAACCUGUACGAUUACGUGGGGGACAAGUGGUGCAUCCUGUUCAGCCACCCACACGACUUCACCCCCGUGUGCACCACAGAAUUGGCAGAAUUCGGAAACAUGUAUGACGAGUUCCUAAAGUCGAACUGCAAGUUAGUUGGGUUCAGCUGCAACUCAAAAGAGUCCCACGAAAAGUGGAUUGAAGACAUUAAGCACUAUGGCAAGUUAACCCAGUGGAAGAUCCCUAUGGUUUGUGACGAAUCUAGAGAGCUAGCCAACAAAUUGAAAAUUAUGGACGAAAAGGAAAAGGAUAUCAAAGGGUUGCCACUCACAUGCAGAUGCGUCUUCUUCAUUUCUCCAGAAAAAAUUGUAAAGGCAACAGUAUUAUAUCCCGCAACCACUGGAAGAAAUGCCAACGAGAUUUUGCGUGUUCUUAAAUCGUUGCAGCUGACGAAUGAAAAACCCGUGGCAACCCCCGUGAACUGGAAAGUGGGAGACAAGUGCUGCGUCCUCCCCACCGUGGCCGAUGCAGAUUUACCUGCUCUCUUCCCCAAGGGGGUGCAGAAGAUACAACUGCCGUCGGAGAAGCCCUACCUGAGGUUUACGUCCCUUUGA